AUGUACGUGGUCACCUACUCCAAAGCUCUGCCCUACAGCAUCUUUUUCUUCUUUGUUUGGGGCGCGUACGAUAUGCUGCUGAGACUCGCUGGCUUGGGUGCUGAGAUUCGUGCGGUGCGCCGCGGAACCUGGGCACUGAAGCUGAUGAAUCUUACACACCAUGUGCUCAUAACGCCAUUGGCGCUCCUCAGCAUGUGGCAAGACCCCGUCAUUCGGCAGCUCUAUGCUUGCUUCGGCUGCGAUGAGGCCGCUGUUCUCAUGAAUCGAGCUCCUUCAUCGCCUUCAGCCGCACGAGCAUUGACCCCCAUCACGAUAGGAUACUUUACGGCGGACCUGCUUCUGCUCAGCCAGUGGCAGCUAACCAAAAGCUCAAAGACUGAGCGAUAUGUGAUGCUUUUGCACCACAUUGCUUCGAUGGUCGUGUGGCCAGCCGCCGUGUACUUCGACUGGGUAGCUCGAUACGUCUUAAUCAUGCUAUCCUACGAGAGUACCAGCCUGCUGUUGACGCUCCUUUGGAUCAUUUCAGCGGCCGGCUACAAACAGAGCCUGAUUUACGGUGUGACUGGCCUCCUCUUCACUGGCCUUUUCUUCGUGUUAAGGAUGGUGGGUGCAGUCCCGCAGAUCUUGGCCAUGGCCCGUGCUCCUCCCUGGUCGGAGCGCUUGAUGACGGAGGCGCAGCCAAACGGAAUUCAUCCGUUGGCUUGGCUUUGGUGCCAGUCACUCAUACUUCCCCACGUGAUGAACCUCUUCUGGGGAGCGUCUCGGCACACCAAAAACAUCUCAACGAUUCGUUCCGCUUGA